ACGGGUCAUGUGUUCAAUAUAGGAAUUCCCAGAAGCAAUGCUCUGCCAUCUGUCCCGUAAUGAUAAAAUUUCGACGGAGGCUCGAUUCCUGGAAGCGGCGUCGGAAGGUUUAGAAAAAACACCACGGUUUAGACGGGCGGAGGUAUGGACAGAUGUCGUCCUAAUAGCCACAGUUAUCGGGAAUUCUCUCCGAGAAUUCUCUAAGGAGGAUCGGAGGCGGGCCAAUGAGAGGGCACAAGACUAUAGGCGGAACGAAGGACGGUUAGAGAAAAGGAAAGCGGACGGGAGCAGAAUCUGGAUGGUAGUACCGCACCCAUUCGCAAGUUCCGCUCAUCAAACCGUUGCAGUGGCUAAUGUGGUGGGAUACUUAUACGACCCUUUCUCUUGUCUGGUCAACAUCGAGCUAGCGUGGGCCCGGGACAACGAGCACCGCGACGUGAGUGAAGACGUGGAGCUGCUCAUCAUUCAAGCCUGGAGAACGGUGGUAGAGGGAGAUCUGUUGGGAUUCGUCUUCGGAGCAGUGGAAUCGAGACGUCGACAACCGAUCGUGGGAGAGCUCCUAAUCCUCCUGACGCAGCUGUUGGACGAUCUGCCCACCGACAUCAUCUUGCACUGCGACGAGAAUCCGGCGCCGCACACUCUUUCGCGAAGUCUAACGCCAUACUUACAGUGGUCGGCCUAUCUGGAGGGUCAGUGGGAAAAUAGCGGUUACCUGUCACACACGAAGUUCCUAAAUCCCCGGGGGGUAAUCGACGUUAUCUUCUUUCAGGGCAGGACGGUGUCAGAGGAGGAAGAAGAGGAGAAAGAAGAGGAAGAAGAAGAGGAGACCUCCGAGGAGGAAGAGGAUUACAGUGAGCAUAGCGAGCAAGAAUCAGGGACGGUAAAUGAAGAAGAAGAAGAAGAAGAAGAAGAGGAAGAGAGGGUGAACAAGGAGGAAGGAGCGAUUCAGAGGGAGCAGCAGAGAGAGGACCCUGCGGUUGUCGAGCGGCGGAGGGCAGAAAUAGCGGAAGGAAAGCGGCCACUGGAACAGACGGUAGGAGCGGACCUGCCGAUCCCGGACGAUCGAACCAGGGAUCCCGGACUCUUUAUCCCGAUUAGCUUGCUUCCCUCCCCCAUGGCCGUCGCCACUUCCCCCACAUCCAUCGCACCAUCAGGUACCAAGAGCUUCCGGAGACGGUAGCAGGAAUGGCGAACUUUUUGCCACCACUCCCGACCGAUCCUCCCCCAUGC